AGGAGCUCACGCGGCCAGCCGGCCACCGUAGCGUUACUUCUCGUAAACAUGGCGUCUGACGAAGAUAGCGAUGAGGAUUUCGUUACUUAUGGAACUCCUUUAGAGCCUCUGGAAGAAGAUGAACCCAUUAGAAAGCCAGUACCGGUGCACGAACAGACGGUUAAAGAUGAGAAGGGACGAUACAAGAGAUUUCACGGUGCUUUCACUGGCGGCUUCUCCGCUGGUUACUUCAACACAGUCGGCACUCAAGAAGGCUGGACUCCAUCAACAUUUGUAUCAUCUCGACAGCAAAAGGCAGAGAAACAGAGGGCUAGACCAGAGGACUUUAUGGAUGAAGAGGAUUUUAGUGAGCAUGGUAUUGCCCCUCAAGAGAUUGUCACUACAGCUGAUUUUGCAUCUGAGAGGAAAGAUCAAUUGAAGGAUAAGGCUCGGGCGGUCAGCUCUCUUGCUGCUCUGAUACCUGGAGACACUGGACUGCUGGAGGAGCUCAUUGCCCCUGCAAGGUCAUCCAUUGGUGUGGAGCUGCUGAGAAAAAUGGGCUGGAAAGAUGGCCAGGGAGUCGGACCAAGACUGAAGAGAAAGCAUCGCCAGCAAAACACUGAUGCGGUUAAAGUUUAUGGCUGUGUGUUGCCGCCCAAUGGAUCAGAGGAGUCAGAGGAGGAAGAUGAUGAAUUUGCUCCAGAGAAUGUGACCUUUGCCCCCAAAGAUGUGGUCCCAGUGGACUUCACCCCUAAAGUCGACUCCCAUGGUCUGGGUUACCGAGGGCUCAACCCACUUCAGGCCUUGGGUGGCGGAUCAGAAUCAGCACAUAUAAACCUCUUCACACUUCAGUCUGACAGAGCAAGCAUUUUAUUUGGAGACAGAAAUUCAGGACAGCAACGCAGGGGAGGGAUUGGAGGGCAGGCUUUUGGUGUUGGUGCAAUGGAGAACGAAGAUGCCGAUAUUUAUCAUAAAGACUCCAUGUCCAACUAUGAUACUGUUUUGGGAGGAGAAGAACCAGGGGAUGGACUCUACGGAUGGACUGCUCCCCAGCAGUACACCAGGAAGAAGAAUGACUCAAAAAGAGUGAUAUAUUCGGGCAGGAUUCUGGAUGGGUUUGCAUUGGCCUCCCAAGGCACAGAGAUUAAAACGGUCUAUCCUCCCCCUGAUUUGCCCCGUGAUUAUCGGCCUGUGCAUUAUUUCCGUCCUGUGGUUGAUUUGUCCACCGUCAGCCCCAUCGUUGCCCAGGCACUGCAGGCUUCACGUGGACACCUAUCACAGGACGCACCACAGCAGGGCCGUCACAGCUUAGACUCUUCUCAGAGACGUGACAUGCUGGGAGAAACGCCUCUACAGGGCCCAAGCUCUGUGUUUGAACUGAUUGGGAAUAAGGACCGAGAGCGGCUGAACGAAAUCCGCAGUGUAGGCAAGGAGCAGAAUAAGUCUGUCUUAAACCUUUCCUCAGCUGAAGAUCGAGCUGUUGUGGUGGCUUCGGCUAAAGCUGCUGCUCUACAGGCCCUGUCCAGCCGUUUCCAGUCAACCACCUCUCCAGCCAAAACUCAGGCUUCCUCUGAAACACAGAUGGCUUUGAAUGCUUGGUCUGGUCCCACUGCAGAUGUUAGCAAAACCUUUAAACCUUUUGCAAAAAAUCCCCAGAAACAGGCUCGCUAUGAUCUGUACAUCAACAAACUCAAAAAGGGUGAUAAAGAUGCCCUGGAGUUGAGUCUGGACACUUCCAUGACGGAGUGGGAGAGAGGGAGAGAAGGGGAUGAAUUUGUGCGUUCUGCAUUACUCUAUAAGCCCAGCAACACUUCUCUCUCCUCACGCUUCACACGCAGCAAACAUGAGGAUGAUACAGACAGUGUUGAGGUCGCACGGGAUCAAGAGAAUGAUGUGGAUGACAAGCAGGCCGCUGUGAAGAUGAAGAUGUUUGGAAAGCUGACCAGAGACACAUUUGAGUGGCACCCUGAUAAACUAUUGUGUAAAAGGUUCAAUGUUCCAGACCCUUACCCAGGGUCCAGUUCUGUGGGAAUGCCUAAAAUAAAGCGAGAUAAGUACUCUGUUUUUAACUUCCUGACAAUAACGGAUAGCAGCCAGGUCAGCAGAGAGGCUUCCAGUGCUUCCAGUCCUCCCAGCUCCAGCACAACCCUUCCCCAUUUGACUCCAGAAGUCAAGAAGAAAUCCAGGUGGGACGAAGCAGAGCAGGUAUCUGAACCUAAAGACCCACUUGGUGCGUUCCUCACUGAAACACGCAGUGAGGUUUCAGUGGCCAGGCAAAUCGAAGCUGGGGCCAAGAACCAGACCGACUCUUCACAUGCUUCUGCCAGUCCAGAGGUAAAAGUGACCCAGUCCGAUGGGAAGCAGACUGAGCCAAAGACUGAUGAGGAGGAGAAGGAAGAGGAUGAAGAAGUGAGGCCUCCUAUGGAUCUCUUUAAAGCCAUCUUUGCCAGCUCUUCGGAUGAGAAGAGCUCCUCUUCAUCUGAAGAGGAUAGUGAAGAAGAAGAGGUGGCCCCUUCGACAUCUGAACCAAUCCAGAGCAGUGCAGAGACCCUCAACCCACCCGUCUCAACUCAGAGCAAGCCAUCUGCUGAAACAUCUACAGCACAAAAUACCCAGUCCUCCUCCUGUAGUGCUCCUGAUAAACCACAAGACCUGGAUGAAGAGGAAUUUGGCCCCAGACUGCCACCUCCUGGAUUUAUCCCACCUGCACACUCGCCACAGCUGAAGAAACAAAAGAAGAAAGAUAAAGAGAAACACAAAGCCAAGAAACACAAAAAAGAGAAAAAGAAGAAAAAGAACAAGAAACAUAAGCAUAAAGGUAAACAGAAGAAGAGGGUUGAUGAGUCUAAUAGUAGCUCAGACGACACAGACUCCAACAGUGAAGAUGAAAAUAGAGUUGUGUCUACUAGUGAACUGCUCCAGAGGUUAAAAAACAUCAGGAACAAGAGAUAGAAUGUGUCUGAAGAACCAAGAGUAAAGAGUUUGUCUGACAGAAACUUCAAGAUGAAUACUAAUUUUGUGUGUGUGAGAGUGAUGGUGCAUUUAAGUGUACCUAAUUGGCCAAUGUGUUAUGAUUGCAGAUGUUUUUUAAUAA